AUGGAUUUUUCACGAUGGAUAUGGAUUGUCCUCUUCGUUGCUGUUAGUGAACUCCAAUUAGCUCCCUAUGGAGCCCUUUACCAAAAACUCAAGGUCAGGAUACCCGGUGACAUUAUGAUUGGUGCCCUCUUUCCUAUCCAUGAACAGCCGACAGUGAAUACAGCCUUCUCCAGACAAUGUGGCAGCGUGCGUGAACAGUACGGGAUACAUAGAAUAGAAAGUUUUAUCCGUACCAUUCAAACUAUCAAUGAAAAUGAGGACAUCCUUCCGGGGAUUCGUUUGGGUGUAGAUGCUCGCGACUCCUGUUGGUACGCUCCAAUAGCCCUGGAACAAUGCAUGGAUUUUAUUCGAACUGCAUUUGUCUAUCGAGAGUACGAAGACUGUUUACGAAUGACGAAUGGAUCGACUGAGAGAUGCCUUCCGCCCGGAGUAUCACCCAGUAGUAUUGAGAUACCGAUUGCCGCAUUGAUUGGUCCUGGUUCAAGUGAAAUGACCAAACAGGUGCAUCAAGUGCUGCAAUUAUUCUCCAUCCCCCAAAUCGGCUACUCGGCCACUGCCGCGGAGUUAAGUAAUAUCGCGGAGUAUCAGUACUUCUUGCGUGUCGUGCCAUCAGACGCCUUGCAAGUGGAAGUUAUUGCUUCGUUGUUGAAGAGGUAUCGAUGGACUUAUGUGGCUUUGGUGAAUUCCAACGGUGAGGUUCUACUGACUCCUUUUUUGACCAUUUUGUAA